AUCGCGUUGAAUUGAAAUGUUUUAAUAGCGAUAAUAAGUGUACCUAAUAUACACCAGACCAGAUUAAUCUUGUGAAAAAACCACUAGAAUGGAAUUUAAAAAUGCUGUAUUAUUGUUAUUUAUUUGUGUUCUCUGUUUUCAACUAUCGCAUGGUGCAAAAAUAUUGGGGAUAUUUCCCAUGCCAGCAAAGAGCCAUUAUACACUAGGAAAUUCCUUGAUGAGGGGACUUGCUGAAGCUGGACAUGACGUAACAAUGAUAAGUCCUCACAAUGAUAAAGUUCCUACAAGAAAUGGAAGCUACAGGAAUGUCGUGCUAACAGGGUUUGCUGAUUCAUACGAAGCUGCAAUGAAGAGAGCCAAUCCAUUUGAAAAAUCACAUUCAAACUCCUUUAGAUACUUAUUGCUAUUUCAAAAGCAAAUUACGAUACUAAUAGAGAAGACUUUUGAGAAUCCAAAUGUCAAAGAAUUAUUAAAUUCUGAUGAAACAUUUGAUAUUGUCAUUGUAGAACAAAUCACUAACGAAGCUUUUAAAUAUUUUGCCCAUCAUUUUAAAGCGCACCUAGUUAUGUUCUCAUCAAUAGCAGCUGAUAGUAAAAUAAACUACGUAGUUGCCAAUCCGACAAUGAUUUCGUAUACUCCACUGGUUGAUACAGAUUUCUCGAGAGAAAUGAGCUUGUAUCAAAGGAUUCACAACUUCUUACUGUAUAUAAAUGAAGCUAUUAUCUAUCGUUAUCAUUGGUUGCCCUUUCAGAACACUUUAUUACAGAAAUAUUUUCCUGGAUCGCCAUCUAUGCUCGAAUUAAAUUACAAUGUAUCACUUGUUCUCGUUAAUUCACAUGAAAGCAUUCAACCUGCUAUUCCUCUGGUUCCAAAUAUGAUUCCUAUUGGUGGAUUUCACAUCAAUAAACCGAAAUCUUUACCGCAAGAUCUUCAAAAAUAUUUGGAUGAAGCUACUGAAGGGGUGGUAUAUGCUAGUUUUGGUUCAUCUGUAAAAGCUAAAAGUUUACCAAAUGACAAAAAGGAAGCUUUACUGAAAACUUUUGGUAGUGUUAAGGAAAAGGUUUUGUGGAAAUGGGAAGGUGAUGAAAUUAAAAAUUUGCCGUCGAAUGUCAAAACAGCAAAAUGGUUUCCACAAAGAGAAAUAUUGGCUCAUCCAAAUGUUAAACUUUUCAUAACGCAAGGAGGCCUGCUGAGUUUAACUGAAACAAUUUAUAAUGGAGUACCGGUUUUGGUUAUUCCGAUUUUUGGUGAUCAAGCAAUGAACGCUCAAAUGGUCAUUUCAAAUGGCUAUGGUCUUAGUCUUCCAUUUCAUGAUCCAGAAUUUUCCGAUGAGAAACUUACCCCAAUUUUGAAAGAACUUUUGAGCAAUCCAAAGUAUAAAGACAAUGCACUGAAAAGAUCUCAAAUUUUCCAUGAUCGGGAAAUGGAUCCACUUCAAAAAGCCGUUUACUGGAUCGAAUAUGUCAUACGCCACAACGGCGCACCCCAGUUAAGGGUUUGGGGUGUCAAUCUACCCUGGUAUCAACUUUAUUCAUUAGAUGUGAUAGGAAUUUUAGUUACAAUUAUUGGUCUUAUAUUUAUAUUUAUUUACAUUAUUAUAAAAUAUUUAUUAUCUUUUAUUACUAAAAAGAAUAGUGAUAUAAAAUAUAAGCAAUCAAAAGGUACUAAAAAAAUUAAAAAAAAUUAA